AUGCGGUCUUUACCCGCAAUAGUGGGCUCGCUGCCGAUGCAGCUCGCCCUGCUCCAGCAGUUCCUGCAUGGCGUCACAGCAACACCUGUCGCCAGUGGGCACCUGCAACAAGUUAUUGGUCCUGCCUCUAACUCUGCGCCCGCAGGCGUUCAGGAACAGCCUCGCCGCUUGAACGGGAAGUUCCUGCACAUUACAGAUUUUCAUCCAGAUCAAUUUUAUCAACCCCAUACCUCUACGGCGGAAGAAGAAGCAUGCCACAAGGGCAACGGACCCUCAGGAUACUACGGCGCAGAAACAUCCGAUUGCGAUUCCCCCUUGGCUCUUGUAGAUGCGACUUUCGACUGGAUCAAGGCGAACAUCGCCGACGACAUCGACUUCAUCAUCUGGACUGGUGAUUCAGCGCGCCACGACAGCGACGAGGACAUCCCUCGGAACGCAAGCCAAGUUCUUGGCACAAAUCGACUCAUUGCCGACAAGUUUUUCGAGACCUUUGCCCACCCGACCGAUUCCACGCGCAUGACGGUGCCAGUCAUUCCCACAUUCGGAAACAACGACAUUUUGCCGCAUAACAUUCUGCGACCUGGUCCGAAUAAGUGGCUCGGUUACUACGCCGAAAUAUGGAAGCAUUUCAUCCCCGAGGAGCAGCGUCACUCCUUUGGAUUCGGCGGCUGGUUCUACGUCGAGGUCAUCCCGAACAAAUUGGCCGUCUUCAGCUUGAACACGCUGUACUUCUUCGACCGAAAUGCGGGUGUCGACGACUGCCAGCAGCCAUCGGAGCCUGGUUUCAAGCAGAUGGAGUGGCUCCGCGUGCAGCUACAAUUCCUCCGCGACCGCGGCAUGAAGGCUAUUCUCAUGGGCCAUGUGCCGCCUGCUCGUACCGACAGCAAGAAGAACUGGGACGAGACGUGUUGGCAGAAGUACAACCUGUGGAUGCGUCAAUAUCGUGACGUUGUCGUGGGAUCUUUGUACGGCCACAUGAACAUCGACCAUUUCAUCGUGCACGACACUAAGGACGUCGACAUCGAUAUCCUCGGUGGAUUCGCCGUUGACGACGAGGUCAGUCGCGAAGCUUUCGAGGACGAACUUGAAAUUCAGUCUGCAGCGGACUACCUCCAGGAGUUGCGAGAGGGCUGGUCGAAGCUUCCAAACGUGUCCAAGGUGCUUGAGGAAUCAGAGUCUGUCGAGACAGACAAGAAAAAGAAGAAGCACAAAAAGAAGCCGUCAAAGGACCUGGGCGGCAAGUACGCAGAGCGAUACCACCUCUCUCUGAUCGGCCCGAGCAUCGUUCCCAAUUACUUCCCAACGCUCCGUGUCAUGGAGUACAACAUCUCCGGUCUCGAGAACGCGGCAGUUUGGACUGACUCGUUCACCGAUACGCUGUCAUCAAUUCAGCUUCCGACCGAUGACGAUCCGAUUCACGAGGAGCUUAAGCGCGACAUUGAAGCUGCCAAGAAGAAGAAGAAGAAGGGGAAGAAGGGGAAGAAGGGCAAGAACAAGCCGCCAAAGUUGGGCGAAGAUCCGAACUUGGUCGUCCCCGAACCACCUCCAUCCGGUUCUGGCCCGGGCCCUGCUUACGCGCCUCAGCCCUUGACCUUCCUUGGAUACACCCAGUACUUCGCGAACCUGACAUACAUCAACAACGAUAUGACGCAUGAAGAGGGCGCAUCCGCCAAUAAGUGGCGCGACGGCAUCCACAAGGACAAGGAUCCCAAGUCCAACAAGCCCAAGCCGAACCCCUUCGAGUUCGAGGUCGAGUACAGCACAUUCACCGACGAGAUCUACAGCCUGUCGGACCUGACCGUGCGGAGCUACGUCAAGCUGGCGCACCGCAUCGGACAGGAGAGCGCCAAGGGCAAGGCUCUUGCGGAAGAUUUCGAAGAAGACGAAGACUCAGUAGACGAAGACGAUGAAGAACACGAUUAUGAUGACGUAGACGAAGACGUAGAAGUAGAAAAGAAGAAGGGUAAGAAGGGCGACAAGAAGAAGAAGAAGAAGAAGAAGAAGCAUAACAAGGUGUGGUUGCAUUUCUUGAGGCACGCCUUUGUAAGGACGGUGCCCGAGAAGGAUCUGAAGAAGUUCUAG